GCGGACGCGUUGGAUGCCCUCGUCCUGCGCUGCGCGGAGAGCGCAGCGCACGAAACCGCCUUCAGCGCCUACCUCUGGGCGCUCGAUGCGAGCGUCCGCCCCUCGUGCGCCGCGGGCACGGCUCUCGUCCGCACGAGCGCCGCCUCCGCCGAGUGGGCUGCCUCCGCCUACGCCGUCCUGGUCUCGAUGCGCGAGGCCGGCCAGGGGCUGAUGCUCGAGCUGCCGCGCCGCCGCGCCGUCCUACAGGCGCUGGCGGCGUCGCUCGUACGCGCGAACGAGGCUGGUUUCGCGCGCAACGUGGAGGCCAUCGGCCAGGACUGGGAGGGAUGA